AAUUUGUUGCAAGACGUCAAAGUCAAAAUAAAAUGAAAUCUGUUAUAAAAUUCAGUAUACUGUUUUCAAAACAAAAAAAAGUCGAGUUCGAGUCCACCCUCGCAAUAGAAACCACAAUUUAAAUCAAAAUUUUAAAGUUCUCAAAAUUUACAGUAAAACAAACAUGGACGAUAAACGGGCUGAAACGUCAUCCGAUUCGGAUUUUGGAGACAGUUGGACAAUAAUUGAUAGAAAUUCUUUCUGUAACAGGAUGGCGGAUGUCAUUAACCACUUGGAAUCUGAAAAUGUUUUUGAUCAUUUUUCAGAAUUAUCGAAUAUGAGAAGCAGUCCUCAGAGUUUUCAAGAUGAUUCCAAUAAUGAUGCUGAUGCUGAUUCAGAUGGAAUUUCUGUAAUAAGUGAACCUGAAGAACAUCAAAUUCUAAAUCCUGUGUCGGCAUGCACGUCUGCCUGUAAAGAAUCCCCUACUCCUUCUGGAAGCCCAAAACAUAAGUCGCAGCUUAACAAACCACAGACUGGUCAGCCAGAGACUCGGACUCCAAAAAAAAAUAAAAUACCAUUUAAUAAGCCUUUAACACCACCUAACACACCAAUCGACUGUGAUGCAACUAUGUUUGAGAAAACAGACAAGAAACAUAAGAAGAGAUCUUAUGUUCACAACAGAAAUGAUAAAGUUAGCAACUUGCUUAAUAUUUUAGUUGCAGGAACAAUUGCUACAGCUGCUGGUUUAGCUUUAGGACAUUUGAUGGGCACAAAAUCUGAAUGUGCUAACUUAUCUGUUGGAAUGAAUAAUGAUUUAAGUUACAAACAAUUGCAAUAUGAAAAUUACAAACUUAAAAGUGAAUUGCAAGAUCUAAAACGAGCGUCAUGGCAUCUUAACAGUCGUAUUCAUAACAAGCAUAUUCCUAAGUCUCGUAGAAAUUCUACAGGAAAUGAGUUUUCUUUCAAAGCAUCAGAAAAUUUAGCUGAUACUAAACUACAAUUUAUAGUUGACUUCAAUAAUAAUGACAUUACAAAUAAUGAUGUGUUUAUUGGGCCAAAAACAUAUGCUGAGAGUAUAAAUAGCAGUUCACAUAAACUAGAUAUUUUGAGUGAAUCUGCAGUGAAUGAGACAGAAAUUCCGAAUGAAAGUGAAGUGGUGACAGAAUCUUUCAAACCUGAUCCUGAAGUAUUUGCUUUCUCAGGUAUAUCAAAUCUAGCGUUGAAUGGUUCUGAUACUAAUGAUACAAUCACUUCAUUAAGUAAAACUGAAUCAAAUUUGAAUGAAAACUAUGACACUAUGGAUUCUGAUAAACAAAAAAAUAGUAAAACAAAUUCAAAAGUUGACAUAAAUAAUAAUUCAACAAAUAAGAGUGCAAAUAAAGUGAACACCAAAUCUGACAAAACUGACAAUGGUAAAUUUAGAAAGCGAGUGAAUCUUAAAGAUCAUCAUCGAUCUAAGAAGGGUAGAUCAGUUAGCACUGGCAAGCAAAGUGGAGAUUAUGAGAAUAGUGUUUUAUCUUUAGAUAAUAAACGAGACGAAAAAUCACAAGAGCAAAAUGAUGUUGAACAUGAUCAACAAUUUGAUACAAAAAUUUCACAAAAAAAUAUCAAACAAGAACGCAAGAAUAAAGAAAAAUUAUAUUUGAAAAAUGAUUCUACAGAAAAUCAAAAUAAGUCUGACAAAAAGUCAAAGAAUCCUAAAAAAACUAAAUACUCGGAAGAUGAACUUUCACAAGAAACAAAUGAAAGCUUGAAAGAAAAUAGAACUCAGAAAAAGAAUUAUAAAAAGGAAAAAAGAUCUAAAAUGAAUAUUGGGGAUAAAACUGAUUCAAUGAGUCAAUCAGAAAUGAAGCAAAUGAAGAUGAAGAAAAACGAAUCAAAAAAUGAUCGAAGGAAAAGUGAUUUUAAACAAGAAAAGAAAGAUAAACAUGAAGACUGGGAAAUGAAAAAAGGUUAUGAUUAUUAUGUGUCUAAGGCAUCAUCCAAUGACCAAUCUGAUGACGAAGAAGGUAAAGUAAAACACUUUCCAAGUGAAAAAACUAUAUUAACUUCUUCUGAUGAGCCAAUACAUAAAAAACCUAAGAACAAGAAAGCACAAAUAAAAAAUAAUAGUUUGCCUAAGCAAGUGGAAUCAAUAACUGAUGGCUGGGCCUUUGAAUCCUUAUGUGAUGAUGAAUGUAAUAAUGUUGAUGGAUCUUGGUUUACUGAACUUGCUAAACAUAGGGAAGAGCAAAGAAACAAUCAUAAAUCCAAUAACUGGCUCUUCGAAAGAGCGAAAUCUAGAGAAGAAAAACGUGAUCAAGAUGGUUGGUGUUUUGAUCGAAUAAAAAAGAAGCAAAAUAAUACAAAACGACAGAAGAAGAGCUCAAACUUUAAAAGCAAGUUAUAGAAUAUAUAAUAUAUUUAAUAUGCAUUAAGAUAAUCUGAAUAUAUUUAUUUUUAAAGGCUUACUUCAAUUGUCUUAA